GAGAGUUGAAAUCAUUUUGUUGACAAUUUCCGGUUUAGAACUUCCUUUUCUAGGGGAACAGAGGAAUCGGCGCUAGUUAGAUUUGCCAAAAUGGGCGCCUACAAGUAUAUCCAGGAGUUGUACAGGAAGAAGCAGUCAGACAUCAUGCGCUUUCUUAUCCGCGUGAGAUGCUGGCAAUACAGACAGUUGUCUUCAAUCCAUAGAGCAUCAAGACCCACUCGUCCAGACAAGGCCAGACGACUAGGCUACAGAGCCAAACAAGGUUAUGUUGUAUACCGUGUCCGCAUCAAGCGUGGUGGUCGCAAACGCCCAGUUCCUAAGGGUUGCACAUAUGGUAAACCCAAGACACAUGGUGUUAACCAGCUGAAGUUUCAACGUAAUCAGAGAAGUGUUGCAGAGGAACGUGUUGGAAGAAAAUGUGGUGGCCUCCGUGUCCUUAACUCCUACUGGGUAGGUCAGGAUUCCACUUAUAAAUUCUUUGAAGUAAUUUUGGUUGAUCCUUUCCACAAGACCAUUCGACGUGACCCAGCCAUCCAAUGGAUUUGCAACCCAGUCCACAAGCACAGGGAGCUGCGUGGUCUCACAUCAGCCGGAAAAUCAUCCCGUGGUCUUGGAAAAGGACAUCUUUUCAACAAAACUAUUGGUGGAUCCAGGAGGAGGAACUGGCGCAAACACAAUACUGUAUCCAUGCGUCGCAAGCGAUAAUUUAUAUUUGCUUUGGUUAUUUCAAACUGUAAUAAUAAAAGCUAUAAAUAAAA